GCUGCAUUUCCUCUUUGUGUGGAAACUGAGGUGAGCUAAAUAGAUCUUGUGGCUUCUGCUGAGGCAGAGUAAUCAGAAUGGAGCUGAACACAGUGUCCUUUCUGCUCUAUGCAACAGCAUUGCUGUUUUUUGGUGAACAGACAGCUGCACAGUCCAGUCCGGGGGUUCUUCUGACUGCUAAUCCUCCAUGGUCAGCUGUGUUCCCAGGAGAGACGAUUACUCUCACCUGUCAGGUUAUUGGAUCUGAGGGGUGGACAUUUUACUGGAUCAGACACAGACAGGGGGGCCUAGCACAACUUCCAGGCUCCAGUGGUGAUGGCUCUGUGCUGGUUCUGCAUGCUGUGAACGAGAGAGAGAGUGGAAUGUAUCAGUGUGUAGCUGCAAAAGGGAAAGACCAAGUUUCCAGUAACUUCCAUAACAUAACAGCAUCUGCUACUCGUCCUCAGGCUGUCAUAGUCACAGAUCCCCCAGCCUCAGUGAUGUUCAGAGGAGAAACCGUUACCUUGACUUGUGACAUCAGGAAAGGGUCUGGCUGGAGAUAUUCAUGGAUGAGAAAAACCAAGAGAACAUUGGAGAGUCUCAGUGCCCAUAGUACCGAAAGCCAACAAAGGCACAUCCUGCACUCUGUAAAAGAGUCAGACAGUGGAGAGUACUUCUGUCAGGGUGAACGAGGACAAAAUCCUGUUAUACAGUCUGUCUCUGGAUCACUUGUGUUAAAUGUGUCUGGGGGAAAGCCAAAGCCUGUUAUUACCCAGACUUCCCCCAGCGGAGAGAUGUACACAGGAGAGAAUGUCACCCUGAACUGUGGGUUUAAGGGAGAUCCUGCUGGCUGGGAGUAUUUCUGGUACAAAGACAGAUCCAAUAUCCUGACAGAGGGAAAGCCAAAGCCUGUUAUUACCCAGAAUGCCCCCAGCAGAGAGAUGUACACAGGAGAGAGUGUCACCCUGAGCUGUGGGUUUGGGGGAGAUCCUGCUGGCUGGGAGUAUCUCUGGUACAAAGACACACAGAGAACAGCUCUGCCCAACACAAGCAAGUCUGAAGGGUCCAGUUACACCAUCAGCCCUGCUGCUCUGGCCCACAGUGGAGAGUACCGGUGUCCCCAGCCAUCCAUUUUCCAGGGUCACUACUGCCUGAGGCUGAGCUUCAAGAUCCCAUAA